AUGGAAGUCGUACAAGUUGCUCAGUAUGAAAGUGAUAUAUCAGACAAAGAGGUUGUGGAAGAGAAUAAUGGAAUAAAUGGAAAUGAAAGAAUUCCAAAGAAAAAGAAAUUAAAAAAAUGUUGGAUUAAAGAAGGUACAUUUGAUAAUGCUGGCGAAGCAGAAGCAUCAAUUAAAGAUAAAUGGUCAAAGCACUAUACAAAUCAUACAGAAAAUGGAAGAAUGGUUUAUUGUAGAUGCAACAAAGCCAAACUUCGUGGAUUUCAAUGCAGUCUAAGUAUUUAUCUGCUAUAUCAUGCAGACAAUGAUAAAGUUACCAUUUAUAAAAAUGAACCUGAGCACGAUCAUCAUGUUGACAAAGUUCGUGGUAUUGAUGAAAAUGUUAAAAAGUGCAUAGAAGAAUUAUAUAAUGAUGGUAUAAUGAAGCCAAAACAAAUUAUUCGACCACUUCAAGAAAGAAAAAAAUGUGGUUCACAUAAAAUUAGCUUAGGUGAAUUAGACCAAUGGUGUAAAAAAAAUCUAAAUAUACCAACUGAUGAAACUGAAGCUUCUGUUGUAUCUUACAAAAUAUUAUAUGAUAAUGAAGAAUAUGAAGAUGAUGAAGAUGUAGAAGAAAAUGAUGGCAAUCAAUUUCAAUGUUACUAUUUAAAAGAAGAGAAAUUAAAAAUUAACAAUCGUUCAAGAUUAAACAAUCGUGAAAUAAAUUCGAAAAGUGCUGAAAUUUUAUCACUUGUUGAGCAGUAUCAUUCAAAAGAUCUUAAAUCAUGUGUUAAAUUUAUUGCUAAUGGAAGUCUUUAA